AUGCAGGGUUGCAGGUUGACGCACAAGGUCGCUUGCUGUUCCACCUUGAUUGGCUCUGUUGGAGAUAAUGUGACACGAAGCGCUGCUGAAGAUAGAACGCCCUCGGCACCCAAAGUUGACUUCAUCUUUGUCCACGGCCUCGGAGGAGGUUCGAGAAAAACCUGGAGCAAGUCAGGCCUCCAAUCUCAUUACUGGCCCCAGGAGUGGCUGUCCAAGGAUGCCGCCUUUAAGCAUGUUCGCGUUCAUAGUUAUGGAUAUGAUUCGGACUAUCUCAAAGGCAGAGAAGAUUGCCUGAACGUUCACCACAUUGGCAAAUCGCUGCUUGCCGCCAUCAGUACAUCGCCAUUUCUGGCCAAUUCUGACACACGCAUUGUUGCCAUCGGUCAUAGUAUGGGAGGCCUGGUAAUCAAGAAAGCAUAUCUUUUGGCCAAGCAAGACAUAACGCAGCAAUCACUAGCCAGUCGCUUCAGCACUAUUUACUUUCUCGCGACGCCGCAUCGCGGCGCCGACUCGGCGACGACACUGAGGAGUAUCCUCAAGGUUGCUUACGACCGAGCCUAUGUCGGAGACUUGGAGCGAAACUCGUCCGCUAUCCAGAUCAUCAAUGACGAGUUUCGACACUACUCGUCUGGCCUCGAGCUCUGGUCAUUCUAUGAAACCCAGAACAUGAGGCUUUUCAACAGUUUGAUCGUCGAUCCGGAAUCGGCAGUUCUGGGGUAUAGCGGGGAGCAUCAAGUGCCCAUGAACGCUGAUCAUCGAUCAAUUUGCAAGUUCGACUCGUCAAUGGACGUCACCUACACUACCCUGCGAAAUGCGCUUGCCAUGACUGUAGAUCGACUAGCCACUGUUGUUCCUGAGCAGAAGAAACAAGAGAUGCGCAACAGAAUCCGCGACCUCAAGACAUAUCUGGACAUUUCCGAUAUUAUUGACGAUGACUUCCUUAGUGUCUGCGAGUCUCGCUUGAAAAACACCUGUCAAUGGAUCUCGACCAAGCCCAAGUAUGUGAUAUGGCAAGACGGAGACUCGGGGGCUGAGAGGACUCUGUGGGUCAAAGGCAGCCCGGGCGCUGGCAAGUCCAUCCUUGCUGGCUAUGUAAUCGAAAGUCUGAAGGAGUCUGGCCGUCACUGCAGCUACUUCUUCUUCAAGCAGGGCGAUGCUUCAAAAGCCAGCUUGAACCGAUGUCUCCGUACGCUGGCUUUCCAGAUGGCUUGCUGUGACGACACCGUCGCCAACGCUAUUUUGGAGAUGCAGGCUGACGGUGUUCGAUUGGAUCAUGCAGACGAGGGUCAUCUUUGGAGGAUUCUCUUCUCGCCUGGCGUACUCAAUGAUAAAAUGGCCAGGCAUCACUGGGUCAUUGAUGCGGCUGAUGAAUGCUCAAGCGAACCAACGGUUUUCAAGGGUCUUUUCUCAAAGAUUGAGAGUACCGUCCCCUUGAGAAUCCUUAUUACAAGCCGAGACACUGCCGACGUGGACCAGCGUUUGUCCUCACUUGAAUUUCAGCCACUGCCAUCACUGGCAGUCACAAUAUCAGAGACGCGCAAAGAUUCCAUACUUCUUAUUGAGCGCAGCACUCAGGCCUUGAGGGUUGUGAAGCCGGAAGAUCGUACGGCUUUGGCAGAGAGCAUACUUGACAAGUCACGAGGGUCGUUUCUGUGGACGAUUUUGGUGCUUAAGGAAUUGCUACAUUGUCACAGCACGCAAGAAGUCAACCAAGUACUUGAAGACACACCGAGAGGAAUGGAGUCAGUGUAUAAGCGAACAUUGGCCUCCAUGUCACAGCUCACGAGAGGAAGGGCACUGGCGAAAGCCAUACUCAUGUGGGUCACCUGUGCAGUUCGACCCCUCACAGUUGGCGAACUCAACGACGCACUUGCUUUGGAUCUCAAUGACUCUUUUCCACGACUGGAAGAGAGCAUCACCGCAUUAUGCGGGCAACUUGUGGUCGUCGAUAUGUUUCAGAGGGUGCAAAUGGUACACGAGACAGCACGCGAGUUCCUUCUGAGCGACGGUCUGGAUUCCGAAUUUGCCAUCGACAAGACCAAGGCUCAUACCCGUAUGGCCCAAAUGUGCCUGAGAUACCUCGCCGGAGAUGAAAUGAAGCCCCCCCGGACCAACCGGCGACGUACAUUUGCGCAGGUUCAGAGGUCGCGACAGGAGUUCUCCCUCUACGCAUGCGCCGCGUACUCGCACCACCUCUCCAGAGCAGACGCCUUGGCCCCCGAGCCAUUGCAUCUAGCAUCCACGUUCUUCGAGUCUAAUGUUCUAAGCUGGAUAGAGGCUGUUGCCGAGGCUAAGAAUCUCACCCAGCUUACCCAAACGUCCGGACACCUCGCAACCUACAUCAGAGCUGGCAAAGCUGAAACGACAGGCGAUAACACUCAUUUACGCGUCCUUCAGCAAUGGGUCAUAGAUCUGAAUAGACUUCUCGCUCUGUUCGCCAAUGCUCUAGCAAUUGCCCCAUCAGCGGUGUAUUCGUUGAUACCCCCGUUCUGCCCGACCAGUUCUAGAGUCUUUCAGACCAGCGGGCAGACUCGGAGGGUCUCCGUUCUUGGAGCUGCUGAUGAACAUUGGGAUGAUAAGAUUCUAGGCCUUGACUUCAGUCAAGGCCAUCCGAGCGCUUUGUAUCAUGGGGAUGAGUACAUGGCAGUCGGUCUUGACUCGGGACAUGUCAUGAUGUACCAUGCCACUUCUUUCCAGGAAUACAAGACGAUAGACCAUGGAGAGUCACUCAAAUCCAUUGGAUUCAUGGCAAAACUCAACUUUCUGAUAACCUUAAGCAUGAGAAUGCUCAAGGUCUGGGAUAUCAGAAGCGGCAACCUAGUGAAGAGUCUCAAAUGCCCUCCCCGACCAGUCGAGAUGACCUGGGAUGAAGGGACGCUCUACGUCGCCAGCGAGAGAAACUACGUGGCAUCUUGGGAUUUGGGCCACAAUGACAUACAAGAAGAGCCGACUCAGAGUCCAUGGAGCAAUACACCAGGGUUGCACCGCGCACCACCCCGCCAGGUUCCACGUGCACUCGCAUUAUCGGUCAAUCAUCAGAUGAUUGCUGCCUCCUACAUUAAUCAUCCCAUCACUUUGUGGGAUAUGAACGAGGAUGCAUAUGCUGGCAGCUGUGGAAAGUCGAAUGGGAUUGGAGAGACAAGUACUUGCCCCGUCGAUGCCAUGAUCUUCAACCCAGAUCCCGAUAUUUUACUGCUUGCCGUCUCUUAUUUUGAUGGCGAACUUGCCAUUAUUGACCCAUUUGCAAACCAACAGCUGGGAUGCAUUCGUAAGCAUUGCCAGUCUCUCGCCGCGAGCCCUGAUGGACGCCUCCUGGCAGCCGGUGACACGCAGGGCAUUAUCGACCUGUUUGAAUUUAAGACACUCAAAUUACUGUAUCGACUUAAGGGCUAUAACUCGUACAUAAAGCAACUCAGUUUUGCCAGGGAUGGUCUGCUUUUAUCCGACAUCAGAAGCUCGCAGUGCACAAUCUGGGAGCCGGCGACCGUGCUGCAAGACAUUUCAAAGAACGACAGUGCCCUCGGCACGACGUUGUCAUCUGCUGAGCGUCCUGAUUCAGCAACUGAAGGUCGAAUUACAUCCUUAGUCCCCCACCCCUCGGGUGAGAUCAUCUUCGCAGGCAAGAACAAUGGUGAAGUCAUGGUGUAUGACCGGACGAAAGCAGAGCCUUUGUGCAUGCUUUGUGAUCACCAGGCGUCCAUUCGUCUUAUAGCAUGGUGCAAUCAGUUGGAGGCUCUCCUAAGCGUUGAUGUUGCCAACUGUAUCUUGUUGCACAGGUUCACAAAAGCCGCUGGUGAUACCUGGACAGGCCCAGCCACGCCUAUGCUUGAGUUUCGCGUGCAGAGUGGUGGCUGGGCUAUCGUCGAUGUCCUGGUCGGAGAGACAGCGAACAAGCUUCUAGUAUUGACACGCGAGGCCAGCCAUCUGAUCUCUCUGGAUGGGGGAAAGCAAGAAAGCGUGCGGCCUCAUCAGAUGAUCUUAGGCGCCCGCAAAUGGCUGCCCCACCCGCAAUCUCAACAACACUUGAUCUGUAUCGAGGCUACCGAGCUAGGCAUCUACAGAUGGGCAGACCUAUCGCUGGUCAAUUCCCUUCCGUUACAGCUGGGCGAAAGUACUUUAGAGCUCCGCAAUGUCAUGACUUGCGGACUUGAUAGGAGUUCCUUGGUCUUGCUAGAGCUCGCACAUGAGGACAAUAGGUCCAGAACCCAGGAUGUCGUGGCCAUUGUUUCACAAAGCCUCAGCAUUGAAGCUUUUGGACAGUCAGAUCCCCCUCUCAGGCCUAAAAUUCUGAGUCCAGCGUUCAACAUCGCCCACAUCAUCGGGUUUGAUAGGCGUGGUAACCUAAUUUAUCUUGAUCACGCUUCUUGGGUCUGCUCCACGAUCAUCGAUGGGUCACUACUGCCAGGUACAUACGACCAGGAGCUUCCGCCGCCCGAUGUUACCCGCCAUUUCUUUGUUCCCUACGAUUGGUUUUCUGGGGAUUCAGUUCCCAUUUCUGCGAUGGUACAAGGCGACGUUCUUUUAACGCGUGGUGGCAAGCUAGCAAUCGUCAGGGGAGGAUUUGAACACUCAGUUUGA